AUGCAAUCGUACCACAAAAACGUUCCUUCAAGCCGCGUAAUCUACCGUCUAAACGACGCGAUGGACAUCAUUUCACACCGCCUCCUCAAAGAACAAGGAUUUUAUUGCAAAAGGAUAAACGAAGAGGAAUGCCCCAUGAUAAUCAGCCCUAUCAAGAUUCAGAUUCCUGUAAGGAUGCUUAAGGCUAUUAGUUUUGGGCCAUUUAUUUAUGCUAUUGAAGCUAAAAAACAAGUUUUAUCUUUAGAAACAUUCAGGGUUUGGGAUAUAUUUCUUGCCAAUAUCCUUCUCUUAUGCAUUAAAGGAUGUUCUCCUAAUUGCAAGAACGCUAAUUGA